AUGCCGUUCUCCACUGCAGACGUCGAAGCGGCUCUGCGAAGCAUCGAACAGACAUAUCGAGGACCUGCUGGAUCUGUCGCCGUGGUCCAUGAGGGCCAGGUAUGGCGCAGAGUCUGGGGUUUCGCCGACAUGGAGAAGCGAAUCCCCAUGACAUCUCAAGUCCAACUGCCUAUCUGCUCGAUUUCGAAGCAAAUGGUCUGCCUUGCACUGGUUGAUGUGAUCAGGAACCCGACGCCUGUCAUGAAACAGAGAGGAUCCGAACCCGAAGUUCAACUGGCCACCGAACUUCUGGCUAUCCUCCCCCAGCUUGAUGAGAUUCCGGGCGGACGACAGUUGACUCUGGCGCAGCUGCAUUCCAUGCAAAGUGACGACCCUUUCUCCCUGUCUUUGGACGCACCGCGAGCAAUCCAGCGGAUCAAAUCUCUACACUUCGAACCAGGGACAGAAAUGUCUUACUCAAACGUCAACUUUUACAUUCUAGGAAGAAUCCUUGAAAAGGUUGCCGGACAAUCACUCGGCCAACUUCUAGCUGAGCGAGUGUUCAUCAAGGCCGGCAUGGCCACGGCAUCGUUAUGUCCCAACACGGCAGGCCCACCUCACCCCAUCGUAGGAUACGAGGGGGACGAGAAGCAUGGAUAUGUACCUGCAGUAAACCGAGUAGAAUGGUCUGGCGACGCUGGUGUUGUUGCCUCUCUGGAAGACAUGAUUGCUUACGAGCAGUGGCUCCAUAAAAAGUGGCGAAACGAGGACAGUAUCUAUCGAGCGGUGACAGAGCCUCCCACGUUCAAAGACGGCUCGCCCGCUUGUUAUGCGUAUGGAUUUGUGCAUGGCGAGACGGCUGGAAAGUCGUGGAUCGGCCACGGAGGAGCCCUGAGAGGUUUCAGAUUGCAGCGGCUACAUGUUCCAUCUGAGAACCUGUCCGUUGUAGUUCUCUUCAAUCAUGAGGGCGAUUCUGGUUCCGCUGCAGAAAGCAUUGUCAAGAAGCUGUUCAAGUUCGAGGACCCUGCUGCAUCGGUUGAGACUGCUGUUUCAGAGUGGAAUGGCUCAUUUCUGGACGAAGAAACUCAGCUUCUCAUAAAGGUCACCCCAGGAGAUGCAAGAGAGAUUCUCGUCACGUACCUUGGGGAAGAAAAGGCCAAAUUGGUCAGCUCCACAGUAGCCCAGUCCCGCCGCACGCUUGCCACCGUUGAAAAGGACGUGAUCCACGUCAACCGUCUGCGAGAGAACAAGAAGCUGCAAGGAAGACGCAUAGACGAGACCUCUGAGAUGCCCCCAAGCUCUGACUAUGUGGGGAUAUUCCAUUCUACAGAUGCAGACAGCACUUUCAUAUGCAACGGAAACAGCACGCUCAUGUAUGGGGCCUUCAAUGGCUAUCUUGGCAAAAGUCCAGUGAGCCUGAUGAAGUAUGUUGGCGAAGACAUCUUCUUACUUGGGCAAAAGAGAGGCCUUGACGCACCUGCGCCGGGUGACUGGACCGUGGUAUUCCAUCGUAAUGGCGAUGGCAAGGUUACUGGAGCAACUGUAGGAUGUCAACUGGCGAGGAACUUGAGAUAUGAACGAAUCUCAUGA